AUGAUCUCAUGUCAUAAUCAUUAUCUAGGUAGUCCUGAUUUUAUUCGAUUAACAUUUCAUUUAAUAACAUAUCUAGCUAUUCCUCUUCACGUAUUCGGAUUUUAUUGUAUUAUUUGCAAAACUCCAAAUCAUAUGCGUUCCAUUAAAUGGCUUUUGUUAAAUUUGCAUACCUGGUGUAUUCUACUUGAUAUUACUAUUAGUUUUCUUGGGAUUCCGUACAUUUUAUACCCCGCAAUUGCUGGGUACGGACUUGGUCCAAUAGAAUCUCCAGGAUUAUUUUUUUAUUUAGGAGUUACUUUUAUAGCAGGAGUAUCUACAUCAAUAUUUGUUGUUUUUGAAAAUCGUUAUUAUAUUUUGUUUGGUGAAUCAACAUUUUGGAAGCACAUACGAAAGUAUGGAAUUGCAAUUAGUUAUAUUUUGGUUCCGUUGUAUUUUUUGCCUCCGCAAUUAUUCAUUCCAGAACAGGAAAAGGCCAGAGAAAUUGCAUGGGAUAUGCUACAAUGCAUCCCGGAAUUGCCUAAAAAUAAUCGUCCUCUUUUUGUAAUUGCUGUAGAAUUACCGCUUAUUGCUGCUACAAUAGGUGUUGGAGCACUUAUACCGACAAUUGAAUGUGGAACGUUUUUGCUUUUGAAUUGUUAUAAUUUGAUAUAUACUAGCUCGAGUGGAAUUUCCAGACAUACAGUUAAGAUGCAACAUCGAUUAGUUUUGGCACUAAUAAUUCAGUCAUCCAUAACUUUCAUCCUUUUUCUGAUCCCGAUCAGCAUGAUAAUUCUGUUCGUAUAUUUUCGUUAUCAGAACCAAAUAUUCAACAACUUAAUAUUCGUUUCCUUAGCUAUCCAUGGAAUUGCCUCAACUCUUAUUAUGGUGUUUGUUCAUAGCCCAUAUCGAGAUUUCGCGUUCUCCCCAAUCUACUGGUUUACCAAGAAACCGCCGAUUGUGAGAGUUCUGCCAUCGGUUUUGUUGUCGAGAAACAUAGAAACGCAGAGGGAAACAUCGAAUGUUCGAAUUGGAAUAUGA